GGACGGCGGGCGGCGCGCACUCUGCUUCCCGCUCUGCGCCGGGGGCCGGGGCCGUUCGCGCCGCGUCGGGCCGGAGCGCCCUGCGCGGGCGUCCUCGCCGGGCGGGGCGGGGGCAGCCGAGGCCCCGGGACGCUGCCGGAGGCGGGCGGACGCGGACAGGCCCCGCGGCGGCCCCAGGGACGGCGCCCUGCACCUGCGCCCGCAGCGCGGCCACGCGGCUCAGGUACUUUUCAGCACUAGCAUCCCAGAAAUCAUCUUAACCCAUUUUCGGAUAGCAAGACUGCUGAGCUACCCAGAUGUAUCAAACCUGGGCUGUGACCUAUUGAGCAAAUACAAAGGAGUGCAGAUGCAAGGAAUGAAAGAGCUGAAUAGAGCUGAAGAAGGAUAUAAGGCCUAGAAGGUGGGCAGAGAGAAAGUGUGGACUCAUGGCUGAAAGGAAACUAGCAGUUGUGGAGACUGUGCGGCUUUCUUUCCCCCACAUUCACCUGAACAGCCCGUCCGGAUGUAGCGCUGCUUUCCACACUGCUCUGCAGGAAGAAAAGGCUCUGAUGGUCUGAUUGACUGUCCCUCAGCCCUGCAAACCAUCUUGCUCUGCCUGAGCUUCCCAGCAUCCUUUCUGCCUGCUAAUCGUUGAAUCACUGGACAAUGUCCCGUGCUUUGUGGAUGCUGUGGGUCUUGGGGACCAUCAUCAGCCUCUCCAGGGAAGGGGCCCUUGAUCAGGCCUCUUCUCUGUCUUGUGACAUCACUGGUGUCUGCGACGGCAGCUCCAGAUCUCUGAACUCCAUCCCCUCAGGGCUCACAGCAGCUGUGAAAAGCCUUGACUUGUCCAACAACAAGAUCACCCAUGUCAGCAGGAGUGACCUUCAUGGGUGUGUGAACCUCAAGGCUCUGAAGUUGGGGUCCAAUGGAAUUAGCACAAUAGAAGAAGAUUCUUUUUUUUCCCUGGGAAGUCUUGAACAUUUGGACUUAUCCUAUAAUCAGUUAUCUAAUUUAUUCUCCUCCUGGUUCAGGCCCCUUUCUUCCUUGAAAUUCUUAAACUUGCUGGGAAAUCCCUAUAAAACACUCGGAGAAACAUCUCUGUUUUCCCAUCUCACAAAUCUGCGAAUCCUGAAAGCAGGAAAUAUUUACACCUUUGCUGAGAUUCGGGAAAGGGAUUUUUCUGGGCUAACUUUUCUCGAGGAACUUGAGAUUGAUGCUUCACAUCUCAAGAAGUAUGAGCCCAAGAGUUUGAAGUCAAUUCAGAACAUCAGUCAUCUGAUCCUUCGUAUGAAACAGCCUGUUCUACUGCCGGAGAUUUUUGUAGAUAUUUUAAGUUCCUUGGAAUAUUUAGAACUAAGAGACACUCAUUUGAACACUUUCCGUUUUUCAGAAGUAUCCAUCAACGACACCAAUAGUUUGAUUAAAAAGCUUACAUUUACAAAUGUGGAAAUCACUGAUGAAAGUUUUAAUGAAGUCGUGAAAAUACUGAAUUAUGUUUCUAGAUCAUUAGAAGUAGAGUUUAAUGACUGUACUCUUAACGGAAUUGGUGAUUUCGAUAUAUCUAUUAUGGACAAAGCUAAACAGCUGGGUAACAUAGAGACAUUAACAAUACGGAGGUUGCGUAUUCCAUACUUCUACUCAUUUUAUGAUCUGAGUAGUAUAUAUUCACUCACGGGAAGAGUUAAAAGAAUCACAAUAGAAAACAGUAAGGUUUUUCUGGUUCCUUGUUCACUUUCACAACAUUUAAAAUCCUUAGAAUAUUUGGAUCUCAGUGGCAAUUUAAUGGUUGAGGAAUACUUGGGAAACUCAGCCUGUGAGCAUGCCUGGCCCUUCCUACAAACCUUAAUUUUAAGGCAAAAUCAUUUGAAAUCGUUAGAAAAAACUGCAGAAACUUUGCUUACUCUGAAAAACUUGACUAACCUUGAUAUCAGUAAGAAUGGUUUUCAUCCUAUGCCUGAAACUUGUCAGUGGCCAGCAAAACUGAAAUACUUGAACUUAUCCAGUGCAAGAAUAGACCAUUUAACUCACUGUGUUCCCCAGACACUGGAAACUUUAGAUAUUAGCAAUAACAAUCUCAAUUCAUUUUCUUUGAUUUUGCCACAACUCAAAGAACUUUAUAUUUCAAGAAACAAGUUGAAGACUUUACCAGAUGCCUCUUUCUUACCCAUGUUACUAGUCAUGAAUAUCAACAGAAAUACAAUAAAUACUUUUUCUAAGGAGCAACUUGAUUCUUUUAAAAAACUGAAGACUUUGGAAGCUGGAGGCAACAAUUUCAUUUGCUCCUGUGAAUUCCUGUCUUUCACUCAGGAGCAGGACUCACUGAGCCAGAUGCUGAUUGACUGGCCAGAAAACUACCGGUGUGACUCUCCGUCCUACGUGCGGGGCCAGCGUGUUCAGGACACUCGCCUCUCGGUCUCUGAGUGCCACAGGGUGGCUCUGGUGUCUGCUGUGUGCUGUGUCCUCUUCCUGUUGAUCCUGCUCACCGGGGUUCUGUGCCACCAUUUCCAUGGACUGUGGUACAUGAAGAUGAUGUGGGCCUGGCUGCAGGCCAAAAGGAAGCCCAAGAAAGCUCCGCACCGGGACAUCUGUUACGACGCCUUUGUGUCUUACAGUGAACGGGAUUCCUACUGGGUGGAGAACCUCAUGGUCCAGGAGCUGGAACACUUCGACCCUCCCUUUAAGCUGUGCCUUCAUAAGCGGGACUUUAUUCCUGGCAAAUGGAUUAUUGACAAUAUCAUUGACUCCAUCGAAAAGAGCCACAAAUCUAUCUUUGUGCUCUCUGAGAACUUUGUGAAGAGUGAGUGGUGCAAGUACGAACUGGACUUCUCCCAUUUUCGUCUCUUCGAUGAGAACAACGAUGCUGCCAUCCUCAUUCUGCUGGAGCCCAUCGAGAAGAAGGCCAUUCCCCAGCGUUUCUGCAAGCUGCGCAAGAUAAUGAACACCAAGACCUACCUGGAGUGGCCCACGGAUGAAGUGCAGCAGCAAGGGUUUUGGUUGAAUUUGAGAGCUGCGAUAAAAUCCUAGCUUCCUUUGUUAAUGUCCAGUCUUGGUCUGGUGGUGGUGUUUAUAUCACUAAUUGUAACCAAGUCCCCUCUGACACAAUUUUAUGCAAACCACAUGAAUGUUCUGUCAUUUGAAAACUAGCUUACUAAAAUGACUGAAACUGUUCAAAUUUUAUCUAUAGUGCUGUUAUAAAAACUGUUACCAGGGUGAAAAAAAAUGGUUUUUGUUUUUUCUUUAUUCUAUGAGAUCAACCUGAUCUAAGUCUGUUAUUGCUCUCUGAAUUGUGUGUAACAGUUGGCUAAGUUCAUUAGGAAAUGGCUCAAACAGAUCUCAGAUGAAUGCGUCAGUCCGCUCUCCGUGAGGAGACUCACCCUCACCCCAGAGGGCAUGCUCCGGCCCGCACCCCUGCGUGCGCUCUGGGUGGCGGCGCUCUGGGUGGCAGCGCUCAAGGCCACAAGGCACGAUGCUGGGGCCACUCAGCCAAACCUGUUGCUGUUCCUAGAAAAAAGUGGCAUGUGUCCCCAGGAAACUUUACAGGACACAAAAUACCUGGAGGCUGUAAUUACGUGUGAACUGUGUCUCUUUUUCUGAGUAUUGGAUAGGUUUCUCCAGCCAUAGUUACUUGAGAGAGGGUACAUAAGCCAAGAUACACUAAAUUAUGUUUGUCCAUGAAAAUGAAACUAAUGAAGUAAAUAAAAUACUCAGUUUAGAAGAAUUUGAAAGAAGCCCCUUCUGAUCUUCCAUCAGCCUUUACCUGUAAUGUGAAGUCCUAAUUAAUGUCUAAUUACUCUGGCUCUUAGUCCCUGUCUGCCUGUGUCAUGUUGCUUUUUUUCUUUUUUUGAAAAAUUGUUUUUGGCUCUAAAACAGCCUUCCAUUUUUUUCUUCUGAAAAUAUAUAAAAGAACAUGUGAGCUAAAUAGGUUUUUAAAUAAGUAUAUACCUAGAGGUUCUUCAUAAUGACUCAAGAAUAUUUG